AAGAAAGAGAAAGAUACUACUGCUCCUUGUGUGAAGCGUGUAUUUGUCCAAUUUGCGUCGCCGAAGACCACCGAGGCCAUGCGUUUGUCGUGCUCGAAAAAGCAGUGCAAGAGGAUCAGAUGAACAUUACUUCGAAUGUCGAGUUCAUCAAGGAAAAGGCAAACUUGUUUCGAGGAGAGAUUAGAACAUUUGAGAAAGCACUUGAGAAUGUGGAAAUGAUUAUCGCAAUCGCUAAACAAGAAGUGUCUGAGGCAGCGGAACUCGUGAUCACAAAGGCGCGACAGCAAGAAAAACAACUGUUAGAGUCCUUAGAAAUAACGCGUAGGAAGAGAAUCGAGCGAAUCAACUCGGCUAAACAACAACUGGAAUCUCUGGUGAAACAAAUGAACCAAGCAGCUGAGGUUGCGGAAAAUCUGGUGCAGAUAAGCUCAGGCUUGGAUAUCAUACAGAACAAGAAAACUUUGAGGCAAACAUUUGAAGAGCUUCGUCGAGUUGAAGUUCCAAAACAUCGCCAGACGACAUUUGUCAAGUUCACUGCGGUAUCGCAACAGAAUUUUAAACUGGGUUCCCUCCAAGUCACUGGAAAACCGGCAAACGCAGCUAAAUCAACUCUUAAAGGACUGGAUCAAGCUUUUCAGGCUGGGGUAUCAGCAGAGUUUAUAUUGUGCCCAAAGACAUAUGGAGGAGAGAUAAGUGACCAGGUUGAUUAAGUCGAAUUGCUGAUAAAACCCGCUAAAGAUGUAACAAACGUGAUUGUUGAAAACAAAGAUGACGGAAAUGUUAGCCUGAUGUUUACUUCCAAAGUACCUGGGGCCUACAGUAUUGAAGUGAAGAUUAAUGGCGAUAAACUACCUACCUGUCCUAUGACCGUGCAAGUCAAAGAACGUGAACUUGUCGUGGUCGGUGAGUUGAAGUUAAAGUUCUUUCCUGGAGAUAGGCUUAAAGGAUUAUAUGGAAUUGCUGUGAAUACGAAAGGCGAGAUAGCUUUAAUAGAUUACUUUGGCCAUUGUGUCUAUAUUUUUGAUAAAUAUGGCAACUGUUUAAGAAAAGUUGGAAGCAAGGGUAGCGAGGCAGGACAAUUUGAUUACCCUAAUGGCAUUUCGUUUUUAAAUGACAACGAGGUCCUAAUUGCAGAUCGAGGCAAUAAUAGAUUACAGAAAUUGAAUAUUCAGACAGGAACUGUGGUGAAAAGUUUCGGGAAAUGCGUUAAAAGAAAAGGAGAGUUGAAUUCUCCAGCAGAGGUUACUGUGGACGAUGAAGAGCGUAUUGUUGUAACCGAGCGGGGCAAUAAUAGGAUACAGGUGACGUCUAAGGAUGGGGAAUCUAUUUUCACAUUUGGAGAGAAGGCCCCAGGGAAACUCAAUCGGCCAAACUGCUGCAUUCCUUGCAAAGCCAUGUUUCUCGUAUCUAAUGAAGGUAAUCACUGCAUAAAAACUUUUGAUCAGUCAGGAACAUUCUUAUACGAGUUUGGCACACAAGGGAGUCAAGAUGGACGAUUUGAAAGUCCGCAUGGUCUGCUUGUAGACAGCUCCAAUAAUCUUCUUGUAUGUGACUUUGGCAAUCAUCGAGUUCAGCAGUUUUCUUUGGAUGGUCGCUUCACAGGCAAAAGUAUUACUCGUUUACCAACACCUACUGCGAUAACAACAGCACCAGAUGGGCGUAUUCUUGUGACCAGCUUUGACGAAAAAAAAGUGUACACUUUGAAAUAGACUUUUUUUCAAAAACGAAAUUUGCCUCUUCAGCUGUUCCUUACAAGUCUGUUGUUUUAAUGUUAAUGUUGUUUUAUCACUUGUCUGGAAGAAAUCUUAUCGAAAAUAUCCAGACUUAAUACCUAUUACUCUUAGAGACGAAAACAUUUGACUUAAAGUAAUUAGCUUUUCAAGUUCGUCAGUUUCAAGCCGUUUUAAUCUUUUCCAUCUCUCGCACUUGGCCAUCCAUGUUUCGUCUCGGUUUAGUAAUAUCCUUUAACAUGUAUUUUAUUAGCAUUACUAUUUUUUAAAUUUUUUUUUAUAAUCAAACUAAGUUUUUUUGUAUUUUUCCUUUAAAAUCAAGAUAAUUUUGCGUGUAGUUAGAAGCGAUUUAGAAAAUCUUGAUAGGGCUCCCAAAAAUUUUUAGUUUUAUCGCAGAAAAACUUCCUACUGUAUGUAUUCAAAAAGUUGAGAAUAUGGAGCUCGAACACAUUAACAUCUCGUUGUCGUUUUUGGCAGGCACUGAUGUGUCAUGAUAAAUUGAGUACCACGUAUCAUUUUGAACGAAUUCGAAAACAAAACUGGAAUUCAACUUUGGUCGAAUUACAAGUUUCAAUAACAUAUUAACAACUGUAGCAGAAACCAACCAGAAUUGGUGGUAAAGGUGACACUGAAGUAUUUGUACUAAUGGUUAGGGGAGGGGAAAUCAGUCGCAAGAGCUGGAUCUGAGGUGCUUUUUGCUUUUCUAACUCACUGUGAGUGUUAGCUUUAAUCGGUAUGUAUUUGGCUUGUCACAAUUAGGGAAGAGUAGUUUUCAGGGAAAUAUAUUAUUGUCACAAUUAGGGAAGAAUAGAAGAAAUAUAUUAUCGUCAAACACUUUUAUCACGAGCCUCUGGCUCGGGGGAUUGGGAGACCAUCCUCUGUGUAUUUUUUGACAUAAAAUAAAUUGUCUUAUCUUAUCUUAUCUUAUCUUAUCUUAUAUUGAGCAAGUAAGACUUAUUAACUUGUUCUGCUUAUACUGAAUGUUAUUGUUAUAUCAUAAUCAUGGAGGUAACAAUUUUUCAGUUUAAAUAAAGAUGUUAGAAAAUUCUCUUGCAAAAAAGGUCGUUGAAAAACGUUGUAAUCAAUUCUAUUAACCAUUGACUUGUUUAAUUGUUUUCCCUUUUAAUUAAGCAAUAAACCACACUUGGGGAUGUUGGGAGAACACCAGAAAAAUUUUUAAUGUUAAAAGUAAAAUCUUAUAAUGUUAGAGAUAAAAUUUUUGUCGUUCUUUUGGCGUUCAAAGAGUCCUCGUCGUGUUCUCCAGACCAAGGGCUCUUAAAAAAUUAAAAUCUAGGAAUUCGCCUCGCGUGGCGCCAUUUGACAGGACGGGAAGAUAUUUCAGUUUACUAUGGGUAUACAGGUAAAUAAGCAAUAGAUUUUUGACCAAUCAGAGCGCUCGUUGUAGCGUUGUAAGUUAUGUCAUAAAUGGAAAUAAGACCUCAGGAGUGACUUUGUACUCCGCUCAGGCGUGGGGUGAGGUGGGGUACGCCUUUGAUAGAGUAACAUCAUUUCCGCCGUCGGAAAAUUGAAAAAAGAUAUGAAGAGUUCCAUUGGCUACUCUUUACCAGUGUGUAUAGAUAAGUACCAGGAACCAGGACAGACCUUUGGGAGGAGAAGGGGAGGUGAGGUUAUAAGGGACCAACAUCUUUCCCAGAGGGAGAGGGGUUUUGACUAAAAUCUUACCCAUUUCAUGCUACAGAAUCCUGGAUAAUAUCUUUUAGUAAUGAGUUACUAGGUUUGUACUUGACGAUUUAACCUUCAUGGACUAGACUUUAUGAUUUUCUUUUCAAUCAUUCAUUGCAGCCAAUUUAUGUUCGUUUAAAUUCUGUAGAAGAUUUCCUGGUACACACCACUAAUUAUGCAGCGAACUUACCACUGAUCUCGUGAAAGAAGCGAGUUCACAGGGAUGGUUUUCAUAUGUGAACCGCAUGUGCCUUAUUAUCACAGCUCUUUCACCUAUUAGGGACCAAUAAAUCUUUUAGAUUGUAAUAAACUCAGCAACAAUUCGUUAAUGAAUCAUGCUUCGUUUGAUCACGUGGCCAUAACGGUUAUUAUAAUUUUCGUUCUUUGCAGAUUUUCAUUCAUAACAAAGCAUAACUUCUGGAAAUUGAAGUUUGAUGAGAAAAGAUCGCGGUCUUUUUCAUUCCGAAGUAGUGUAUGUUUCUUUUGACCAAGCGCAAGGUUAAGAUGGUUGGAUAUUGGCAGAGUUCUUAAUGAACAACACACCUGGGGAGGUUUCGUAAGAUGCUGCUGUUUAUGUAAAAUGUGAAAAUUAGUCGCAAAUUUCACUGAUCCCUGAAGCUGACUCAGAAUCAUGAGGGAUGUGGUAAAAGCAACAAGGAAAUGUAAUAUGAAUUGAAGUUUUCAUUAGUGUCGUGUACGUGGACUCGAAAGACGAUGGAGUAAAAUAAAUAUGAAAAU